UUUUGGGAUCUCUUACACGGAUGAAACACUAUUCUACAACUAUUUCCCUUUUUAAGCAAAUGGAACUGAAGGGAAUACAGAGUAAUCUUGUCAUUCUCAGCAUCGUGAUCAAUUGUUUCUGCCACUUACAUCAAAUGACCUCCGCUUUCUCUGUAUUUGCCAAAAUUCUCAAACGAGGUUAUCAUCCAGAUGUCAUAACCUUAAGUAACCUCAUGAAAGGUCUCUGUCUUAAUAAUGAGGUCAAGAAUGCUCUUAGCCUUCACGACAAGGUAGUAGCACAAGGAUUUCGACCUAACGAGGUUAGUUACGCUAUUUUGAUCAAUGGCUUGUGCAAGGUAGGAGAAACGGAAGCUGCCAUGAAGUUGCUCAGAAUAAUAGAAGGCUGUCGAUUAUGUAAGUCUAAUGUGGUAAUGUAUGCCAUUAUAAUUGACUCUUUAUUCAAACAAAAUCUUGCAAAAGAGGCUUAUCAUUUGCAUAGUAAAAUGAUAUCAAGUAGCAUCAUGUCGAAUGUUUAUAUCUAUAAUAUAAUGAUUAAUGCUUUAUGUAAGGAAGGAAAGAUAAAAGAAGCUAAGAAUGUGCUGUGUGUGAUGGUAAAAGCUUCUGUCAAACCUGAUAAUGUUACCUUUGGCACUUUGAUGGGUGGAUAUAUUUUAGUUAAUGAAGUGCAAAGUGCUAAACACAUAUUUAAUGUUAUGACCCAAAUUGGAGUAAUUCCUAAUGUUUACAGUUAUAAUAUCAUGAUUAAUGGAUUAUGUAAAAGUAAAAGAGUGGAUGAGGCCAAGAAUCUCUUUCAGAAUAUGCAUAAGAGGAACAUGGUUCCUGAUACAGUGACUUACACUAUUCUUAUAGAUGGGUUAUGCAAAUCUGGGAGAAUAGCUGAUGUUUGGGAUCUUAUUGAUGAGAUGCAUGAUAGAAAUCAACAACCAAAUGUAAUCACUUACAAUUGCUUGAUAAAUGCUUUAUGCAAAAACUAUCUUUUAGACAAGGCAUUUAAACUAUUCAAGAAAAUGAAGGAAAAAGGAAUUCAACCGACUAUAAGUACCUGGAACACACUUAUUGAUGGAAUGUGCAGAAAGGGAAGACUUGAGAAGUCACGAUAGAGUUUCCAAGAACUUUUAAUUAAAGGUUAUCCUUUAAACAUAUAUAAUUAAAGGGUAUCCUUUAACCAUAUAUAGUUAUACUAUUAUUAUCAAUGGUCUUUGUAAAAAGGGUUUACUUGAUGAGGCAUUGAUCUUAUGGUCCAAAAUGGAAGACAAUGGUUGCGUACCUGA